AUGCAAACAACAAUAACCCCAACAUUACGAACUUUUUCCAAAAAUUCUCUAAAUAAUUCCCAACUUUCAACAACACCAAAAACAGUUUUAGCUUCAGCAUUUAUUCCCUCAAUUUUUAAAUUAGAUUCGGAAAGUACAACAAUAAGUGGGGAUUUGUUGAAAUUUGAAUGUUUAGUUGAACCUUGUAAUGGGAAAGAAAUACUUUGCAAUUUCCCUCAGAGAGAUUGUGAAACUAAAAUAACAACAUCAACUACACCUUCAACAACAAUCACACAAAAUAUAUUUGAAAAAGAUAAUGAAGAAAAUAUUGAAGGUGAGGAAGAAGAAGAAGAAGCAUUUAAACAACAACAAGCAGAAAAUGAUUUAGAAUUAGUUACAACACAAUUAUUAAAUAAUAAUGAAGAAGAAGGAGAAAAUUUAAAAGAAAAUAUAACAAAAAUUAAUUUAAUUCAAACAACAACAACAUUAAAUACUCCCUCUUUAAUUAAUUCUUCUAAUAUUCCUAAUAUUUUAUUAAAUUCUGAUUCUUUUUUGGAAAAAAGACAACAAAAUUUAAUACAAAUAAUUGCACAUGUACGGGACAGUAAAGAAAAAUUAAAUGAAGAAUUAAAUAUUAAAAACAAUAAUUCUUUAAAUUUUAAUGAAAAAUUAAAUAUUUCAACAACAACUAUUGAUUCAUUAGAAAAUCCUUCAGAAACAACCCCUUUAUUUGUUCCAAUCAGAACUUUUCGUCUCCGAACACGCCCAACUAACUCUCCUUUAUUAACAGAACAACCAAAUAUUUCUUUAGAAAGCACAACACAACAAAAUAAUUUUGAAGAAAAUAAUACUUUAACUACAUUAUUUGAAACGUCCUCUAUUUCUUCUCCAAUUUUGUCAACAUCUUCAUAUUCCUCUUCACUAAAUUUUUGUUCUCCAACAACAACAAAUACCAAUUGUAUUUCACAAAACCAAUUAAUUCAAAUAUUUUGGAUUAGCAUAUUUCUUUGUUUUAUUUUUGUUUUUGGAUGUUUUUGUAAUUUAUUAGUUUGUUGCUUUGGGAAUAAAAGAAGUAGUAAUGAAAGAGGAAAUAUUCAAAAUUCUGGUAAAUGGCAAAAAUAUGAAAAGAAAGGAAAAGGAAGAAUUGUUAUUGGUGGACAACAAAAGUUAAUUUCUGCCAUUAAUCCCCAACAAUUAAAUUGCCCUCCCUAUAAUUCAAACGAUACAAUAAACAAACAAAAGAAACAACAACCAACAGAAUCUACAGAUUUAUGGAUUAGCAGUAAUGGUGUUAGUUUUAAUGAACGAGUUGGUGGUGGACAAGGAGAUGGGAGGGAAUGUUUAGAGAUGGAAUCUAGCCAUUUUGGCCAUAGCAACACAACAAGUAUUUAUGGGGCUUUACCCAUUCAUAACCCUCAAGGAAAUACACCUUCAAACAGACGAUGUUCAAUGCUUUCAUAUGCCUCAGUAAAAGCACCUAAUAUACAUUCAACUCUUGCAGGACGUUGUUCAAAUGCUAAUAAUAUAAUACAAAAUCAAAUACCAGCUUCUCGUAUAUUUUCUUCAAGUCAAAAUCAACAAAAUAAUAAUAAAAAUAUUAGAAGUACAUCUCCAUCUUCUCUACAUUCUCCAUCAACUACAAAUACUUCUUCGAAUGGAGGGAAUGGAAUGAGAGAGAAUACAGUUGAUCAAUUUAAUCCACAAUACCAACACCAACAACCACAAUUACAAACAUUUCUUCAACAAAGUCCAAAUCACCAACCAUUACAGCAACAACAACCUUCCAAUAGUUUAGCUUCAAGUUCUAUGCGUUCAUCUACACUUGGAACACCUUCACCUUCAGACAUAGAAGAUCAACAAACUGGAACAAGUACACCAAGGCCCUCCAUGGAUUUUGGGACCAACCAAAAACAUCAACAGGCAGAUAAUGAACAACAUGUAAUUUAUGAACAAAAUCAAUCUUCUCCUGGUGUUCCUUUACAAAAUUAUUUGACUAAAACUAUUAUUGCUGGAGGACCAGACAAACACGAAUCUUCCUCAUUUUUUUAA